CUUUUUUCAUUUACGAACAACAAUGUCAGCACAAGAUCCCGCUGUUGAAGACAUCACUCAAAAGACCAAGGAAGUUUACUUGGACGAUGAAGGUAAGCCUAUUACCAAGAGUGCCUAUAAGAAACUUCAAAAGGAAAAAGAGAAAGCCGAAAGAAAGGCUGCUACUGCUGCUAAAAUUGCUGCUGAAAAGGCUGCUAGAGAAGCCAGUCAAGUUGAUUGUUCUAAAGACCGUUAUGGCAAGCUUCCUAUGAACCAAUCUCAAACUCGUACUGAUACCAAGUAUGAAGAUAUCAAUACUAUCAAUGCUUCUCGUGAAGGUGAAACUGUUACAGUCCGUGCCCGUGUUCAAACUUCUCGUGCUACAGGUAGUAAGAUGUGUUUCUUUGUUUUCCGUCAAGGUGUUUCUACAAUUCAAGGUAUUGUUACUGCCGAUGAUAAGACAAUCUCUAAGCAAAUGGUCAAGUUUGGUGUUGGUAUUUCACCUGAAUCUAUUGUUCUUGUUGAAGCCAAGAUUGUAAAGCCUGUUGAAGAAGUGAAGAGUUGUACUAUCUCUUGUGCUGAACUUGCUAUUGAAAAGCUCUUUGUUGUUUCUAAAGUGAAUGUUCGUCUUGCUUUCUCUUUAGAAGACGCUUCUCGCCCUGAAAGCUCUUAUGACGAAGAUGCUCAGCUCUCUCGUGUUAAUCUUGAUACACGUCUUAAUAAUCGUGUUCUUGAUCUUCGUACCACUACCAAUCAUGCUAUCUUCCGCUUACAAUCCGCUGUAUGUUUGCUCUUCAGAGAGUUUUUGAUUGAACGUGGUUUUAUGGAAGUUCAUACUCCCAAGUUGAUUGGUGCUGCCUCUGAAGGUGGUUCUAAUGUCUUUAAGGUGAAUUAUUUCAAGACAAACGCCUAUUUGGCUCAAUCUCCCCAACUUUAUAAGCAAAUGUGUAUUGCUUCCGAUUUUGGUAAGGUCUUUGAAAUUGCUCCUGUUUUCCGUGCUGAAGAUUCCAACACACAUCGUCAUAUGACUGAAUUUAUGGGUCUCGAUAUGGAAAUGGCUUUCAAUGAACACUACUACGAAGUUGUUGAAGUCCUUGAAGAGCUCUUUGUCUAUAUCUUCUCAAAUCUUAAAUCACGUUUCAGCAAGGAAAUUGAAGUUGUAAAGAAACAAUAUGAAUUUGAAGAUUUUGAAUUCUUGCCCAAGACACUUCGUCUUUCUUAUGCUGAAGGUAUCAAGAUGUUAAGAGAGGCUGGUGUUGAAAUUGGUGAUUUUGAAGACUUGAGUACUGCUAAUGAAAAAUUAUUGGGUAAGCUUGUCAAAGAGAAAUACCACACUGAUUUCUAUGUCCUCGAUAAGUUCCCCUUGGCUGUUCGUCCAUUCUAUACCAUGCCUGAUCCUGAAAACCCCGAAUAUUCCAACUCAUAUGAUUUCUUCAUGCGUGGUGAAGAAAUCUUGUCUGGUGCUCAACGUAUUCAUGAUGCUGACUUCUUAACCGAGCGUGCCAAGGCUCAUGGUGUUGAAAUUGCCACUAUUCAACCUUAUAUUGAUGCCUUCAAGAUUGGUGCUCCUCCUCAUGCUGGUGGUGGUAUUGGUUUGGAACGUGUUGUCAUGCUCUUCCUUGCUCUUGGUAACAUUCGUCGUUCUAGUUUGUUCCCUCGUGAUCCCAAGCGUUUGGAGCCUUAAUCUCUUUUUUUUUCUCUCCUCCUCCUCCUCCUUUAUUCCUUUAACAAAAAAAAAUUGACAUAAAUAUAGA